AUACAGUAAAAGCAUAUUUUAUUACUACUACUUUGCCAAUUUCUUAUCCCGGCGAUCCAAUUUCCUAGAUAGCCGCCACUUCCCCACCACAUGCUUCAAAGCUACACCGCCUGACCACAACGCAACCAACUCCACCAAUCACCAUCCUCCCCUUUCCCUUUCCGCCCAUUCCUUCCAUUCCUUCGUCUCCACACGUUUCUUUGAUCUACAUCACCUUCGCGAGUUUUCUUUUUCAAAUCUCUUCUUCUACGUGAUUUCCCCAUGGAUCUUUCUUCCCAUCUCACCAUGAACUCUUGAAUCUGUAAUUCUUCUCUCACACACAAAAAAUAUAGCAUCUUUUAGAUAUUUUUCCAGCAGCAAAAUGAACAUGUCAAUGCGAUUGUUGUCUUCUGAGUUCACAUGUCCUACAAGUGAAACCAAGCAGUAUAAAAAUGUGAAUUUUCUUUUGUCCAAAUCUUCGGUAAGAGUUUCUUCUUUCGUUAAUAAAGAUGUAUGUAAUCGCGAUGGAGGAAACGCGAGGGUGUGUUGUCAAUUGAUGCAUGGCCAUUUAGAGGAGUCAUAUAGAGGAAAGAAAAAGUUACAAGUGUCUCUACCGCAGCCGGAUUUUGUGAGGACUUUGUUGAUUGAUAACUAUGAUAGUUACACUUACAAUAUAUACCAGGAACUAUCUAUUAUUAAUGGUGUCCCUCCUGUGGUGAUUCAAAAUGAUGAUUGGACGUGGGAAGAACUUUGCCAUUACCUGUACGAAGAAAAUGCAUUUGAUAACAUUGUAAUAUCACCUGGACCUGGUUCUCCAGCAUGCCCAGAAGAUAUAGGCAUUUGUCUUCAAAUAUUGCUUGAAUGCAGGGAUAUUCCUGUUCUUGGUGUUUGCCUAGGACACCAGGCAUUGGGUUAUGUGCACGGAGCUCAAGUUGUCCAUGCAUCUGAACCAGUUCAUGGGCGUCUGAGUGAAGUUGAGCAUAAUGGAUGCCAGCUUUUUCAUGGCAUACCUUCUGGUAGAAAUUCUGGUUUCAAGGUGGUUCGAUAUCAUUCACUGGUGAUAGAUUCUGAAUCACUUCCUGAAGUGCUCAUUCCAAUAGCAUGGACUUCCACUAGCACACUUCCGUCUAUUGGAUCCAAGGUUUCUGACAAGUACAAUGGUCAUGAAGUUCAGACUGAUCAAAGCAUUUUCUUUGAUUCAUUUUUACCUGAAGCAGGAAACGGUAGUUCAAACCUUAUUGAUUAUGGACAAACUAGAAAUGCAAGGGUUCUUAUGGGUGUCAAGCAUUCUACAAGGCCACAUUAUGGUGUACAGUUUCAUCCCGAGAGUGUUGCAACCUGCCAUGGAAGUCAAAUAUUCAAGAAUUUUAGAGAGAUUACAGAGGAUUAUUGGCUGAGAUUUAGGUCAUCACACAACAAGGAAAAGCGUGCUAAUUCUAAUGCAUACACGCAGGUUUCAAGUGCUAGUAGACUCUACAGAGACUUUUACAGAAGUAAUAAUGCAGAAAUUAAUACUGUGGAUCAGCCGAGAAAAGUAAAUCAUGGAGACAAACAUUUAGUACAUAAUAAUACUGAUAUGAACUAUAAAUGUUUGAAGUUGAAAUGGAGGAAAUUUGAUCACUUGGCUGGCCAAGUUGGGGGAGCAAAAAGCAUAUUCUGUCAGUUGUUUGGACAGGAAGCUGAAAACACCUUUUGGUUAGAUAGCUCCUCCACAGAUAUGGGAAGAGCGCGCUUUUCAUUCAUGGGAGGAAAAGGUGGAUCACUUUGGAAGCAGUUAACGUUCAGAUUGUCUGAUCACAGUGAUGGGUGUUCAAAAGGUGGUGGCUUUUUGUCCCUGGAAGAUUCUGAAGGUUCUGCCAAAACAAUAUUCUUGGAAGGAGGUUUUCUUGAUUUUUUGAACAAGGAGCUUCAAUCAUAUCAUUAUGAUAAGAAUGAGUACCAAGGUCUACCAUUUGAUUUUCACGGCGGAUAUGUUGGUUACGUCGGGUAUGAUCUCAAAGUUGAAUGUGGUGCCACAUCUAACCGCCACAAAUCUAAAACUCCAGAUGCAUGUUUUUUCUUUGCUGAUAAUCUUGUAGCCAUUGAUCACAAAAAUGAUGAUGUUUAUUUAUUGGCUAUAUAUGAAGAAAGUUCAAGUACGACAGAAUGGUUGGAUGAUACUGAGGAGAAGCUUCUGAGAUUAACCGGCUCUACGAGCAUGGAUUUAGAAAGGCAGUAUUCUCAUCCUUCAACUUUUUCCUCACAUAAGGCUGGUUUUGCAGCUGAACAAUCUAAAGAGCAGUAUAUUAGAGAUGUUAAGAAGUGUCUAAACUACAUUAAAGACGGAGAGAGCUAUGAGUUGUGCCUCACAACCCAGAUAAGGAAGCCAAUUGAGGUAUCAAAUUCUCUUGGACUUUACCUAAAUUUGAGAGAAAGGAAUCCAGCACCUUAUGCUGCAUGGCUUAACUUUCCAAAGGAAGAUCUGUGUAUUUGCUGUUCUUCUCCUGAGAGGUUCUUGCAGUUGGAUAGGAAUGACAUACUAGAAGCUAAGCCCAUUAAGGGUACUGCAGCUCGUGGUGCUACUGAAGAGGAAGACAAGCAACUCAAAUUGAAAUUACAGCUAAGUGAAAAGGAUCAGGCUGAAAACCUGAUGAUUGUUGACCUUCUAAGAAAUGACCUUGGUCGUGUAUGUGAUCCUGGAUCUGUUCACGUGCCGCAUCUCAUGGAUGUACAAUCAUAUGCAACUGUUCACACAAUGGUGAGUACAAUUCGUGGGAAAAAGCGGUCAGAUGUAAGUGCAGUAGACUGUGUCAAAGCUGCAUUUCCUGGUGGUUCGAUGACAGGUGCACCAAAGUUGAGAUCAAUGGAACUUCUCGACUCCCUUGAAAGUUGUUCUCGAGGCAUCUACUCGGGCUGUAUUGGAUUUUUCUCUUAUAAUCAGACAUUCGAUCUAAAUAUUGUCAUAAGAACAAUUGUUAUACAUGAGGGUGAAGCUUCGAUAGGAGCUGGAGGGGCAAUUAUUGCUCUGUCAAACCCAGAAGAAGAAUAUGAAGAGAUGAUCUUGAAAACAAAAGCACCAGCAAGCACUGUGUUAGAUUAUGAAUAGAUUACAAUAAAUCAAACAAUUAAUUUUUUCCCUUUUGGCCAAUGGUCGUUCAACAAUGAUUUGGUCUUUUGGCCUACUAAUCAUUUUAUACUUUCACAUAUAGAAUUACAAUGGGUCCUCUCCUUCCUGGAUCCAUUUCGACAGAAGCUUCAUAAUGCAGUUGCCCUUUACAGAAGAAUAUUAGGCUGAAGCAAGGAUCAAUUGUUUUGGGGUUAGGUUUCCUUUUCUAACAGGAAGAUUUGUUUUACUUUUAUAGUGUGUGCUUACAGGCUUGAUUUGAUAUGUAAUAUAUGAUAUAUUUAUGCAUAUACUUUUGGCUGUAA